AUGUCCGACUUCUAUGUCCGAUACUACACUGGUCAUCAAGGCAGACACGGCCAUGAGUUCCUCGAGUUCGAAUACUCCCGCGGUCGCUUGAGAUAUGCCAACAACUCCAACUACCGUAACGAUAGUCUUAUCCGCAAAGAGAUGUGGAUCAGUCCCCUUAUGGUAGACGAACUGCGACGGAUCGUAAAGGAGUCCGAGAUCAUGCGAGAAGACGAUGCCAAAUGGCCCAAGAAGAACGUAGCUGGUCGACAGGAGCUCGAAGUGAGGCUGGGGAAAGAACAUAUUUCGUUUGAGACAGCAAAGAUAGGCUCACUAAUCGACGUACAAGAUAGUCAAGAUCCAGAAGGAUUACGAGUCAUGUAUUACUUGGUACAAGAUCUCAAGUGCCUCAUCUUCAGCUUGAUCUCUCUACACUUCAAGAUCAAACCUAUCGCAUGA